AUGCCUGAGCGUGUGUGGCAGACUUGCUCGUCGUUACGGUACCGGUACCCCAGCAAAAACAUCAAGCCAACACUCUCCACUGCCACAACCCAGCCCGAGGCAAUUCACACGCUUUGGAAAGAGGUGCUGCUGCAGCUGGUCGCACACCCGGCCGAGAAGCCCGGAAGCGACAAGGCCUCGUCCACGGACACGCAGCAGCACUGCUUAUCCCAGGACGAGAUGCAGGAGAGGUGCAACUGGCGCAGCUGCGUGCACGGCGCUGGAGGGACUUUGUCGCGCUUCCUCGCAACAAUCAAGAAGCCAUAG